UAAAUUUAAUAAAAGAUACUUGAAAUUCUAUUUAUCUCUUUUUUUCCAAACUUCGCGAGAAGAGGGUGGAAAUUGAAAAUUGGAAUAUAUAUCCCCCCUCCAAAACGAGAAGUCACAAGCGUGUAAGAGAGAGAGGGUGGCGAGAGCGCGCAAGGGAAGAGCGGUUUCCAAGAAGCGGCACGGUUUCGGUAUAAUUACCGCAACUUUGUUUACGUAUCGGCUCGUUUACUGCCGGCGUGGGUGUUGGGACAGCAUAUGUGUAAACAGCAAUAAAACAUGUAGCCACCGGGUCCCGGAUAGGUAACCGACACCUCCCUCGCGUUUGAAACGCGCGAACGACGUAUCUCCAGGAAGCAGCGAUGGGCGGAGCUGGUCCAUCCUCUAGAUGCUCCUCCGCACGUCAAAUUAAACAGCCCUUCGUUAGUUAGAGGAUUGAUCUAACCGGACGGAAAUUGGGAUCAGUCUUCGAUGCGAUACCAACUCGGACCAGUUCGAGACAAAGUUUAUGUAUAUAUAUGUAUAUUGAUUCUAGUGAAUUAUUCUUUUGGAAUUAUGGAAACCGCUAAUUGAUCGUGGAAGUGAAGCGGUUUAAAUAAUCGUUAAAUGUAGUAUUGAGAGAGAAUGUAUGGUUCGAUUUUCUUCGACGAGAAUUUUCUUGUCAAAAAGCUUUGAAGAAGAAGUGGAUCGCAUUGAUUUGAACUAUUUAUUUGGAAAAAAACUGUGGAAAAACGUGUUUCGAAUUUUGAACGUAAAUCGGGAGGAUCAAUGGGGACAAUUUGCCGGGAUACGAUGAAACGAGAGGAAGAAGAAAGUGAAAUUGUAUACUAAGUAAACUUCGACUCGAUGAUUUUCGGGGAAAAAUCUAUGAUCUAAUUUUGUUUCUUCUUUAUAUAAUAAUAAAUAAAAAAAUAAUAAUAAUUUUAAUGUAUGUAAGAAAGAGACGAAUGAUAAAAGAAAGUGAAGUUGUAUCAAAUUAAAUAAUAAAAUUUCAGAAAUAUUAAAUUUAAAAAAAAAAAUCCAAUAUUAAUUCUUCUUAAAGAACAAAAUAUCGGUGAAAAGUGUAUUGACAUAUCGAAUUAUCGAGCGCGUCGAUCAUUCCAUCUUCCGAUGGAGUCGAAUAGCUAUCAAAAUCAUCCCUUCUCCAUAUCGAAGAUUUACACCUGUGAUCUAUCCAGAGGUUGCGAAUUAUGGAGCACGGAAGAAACGUUCCCGACGAUGUGUCCUUUGCCAAAUUAUUAUAGCUUGGUACCGGAUAUAUUAAAUCCGAGAAGUAUACCUCUGUCAUGGGAUCUUCCCAUAAUAAGAUACAAACCACAACCACGUUACGAGAAACCACCGUAUUCGUACAUCGCCCUGAUAGCCAUGGCUAUUAAUUCUUCGCCUAAACAGAGACUAACCCUCUCCGGCAUUUAUAGAUUCAUCAUGGACAGAUUUCCUUAUUAUAGAGAAAACCGUCAAGGAUGGCAAAAUAGUAUAAGACAUAACCUAAGUUUGAACGAUUGUUUUGUAAAGAUACCAAGAGACAAGGUGGUUGGGAAUGAUAACGCUGAGGAUCAGGCUGGAAAAGGGAGUUAUUGGACUUUGGAUCCUUCAGCCAGCGAAAUGUUUGAACAUGGUAAUUAUAGAAGAAGAAGGAUGAGAAGGCAAAAAGGAUUUAUACAGGAUAAUAAACAGAUGGAACAGGAUCGCACGAUGGUCUCGGUUUCGUCGGAAAUUUUGUCCAAUUUGAAAUGCAAAGAAAAAAAUGAACAGGAAUGUAAAAUGGUUGAUACGAAGAACGCUGAGGGGAAUACACGAAAUAGUAAAAUAAUAUACACAGAAGCUCAAGGACAUUGUGUAAAAUCGAUGAUGUUUACGAUCGAAAAUAUUUUGCGAAAAUCCACGAAUAAAACUUCAGUUUAAAUAUUUAAAUAUGAAUUUUUUGUACUUAAGGUUUUAAAACGAAUAAUUAAUAUCAUUAUAUUUUAUAAUUUGUUCAAUGUACUAAAGCAAAAAAUAGACUAUAUUAUUAAAAACACUUGUAUAAAAUAUAAAAUGAAUAUUGUUUAUUAUAAAAAUGUGUUUAUGUUUUUAAUUAUACAUUGGAUAUUGUGUACAAAGAUUAAAAGUAUUACUUAACGAUUACUCUAAAAUAUGGUACAAUUAUGUACAAAAUUAUACAUUACAACACUUAUAGAAGGAAGACAUUAUAUAUGUAAAUUAUUUUAAUAAUCUUGUGCAUCUAUCAGCAAAUAAAAUUAUUUUCGAAUAAAAAUGCAUAACUAUAAUUUUUAGAAAUGCAUACAUCUUUAAAAUGCAACAGUAAA